AUUUGAAACACAUGAAACAAAACAUCCUCUCCUGGUCUUUUCUAUAGAGUGAAGCGCUGAUUGCAUUUUGAGUGUGAUCUCGAGUUUGUGCUUUCUCCUCUUCAAGUCAAGCAGACGUUGAGGAAGAUUCCUUCUCUCUCUCUCUUUACUGGUGUCAAAGGUCACAGACUUGUCAAGAUGGAAGCAGGAAACCUAGGACAAGUAGCCAAGCCUAACAUGGACCCUGGCCCGCCCAUGGCGUAUGGGGGUGCAGCGCCCCCUCCUGGAUUUUACCCGCCCAUGUAUGCAGGACCUCCACCUGGAGGUCCAUCUACCAUAGCCUCAGUGCCUCACGUGGUGGUAUUAGCUCCCUUGCAAGAAAACCCUGGACGAACCAUAUGCCCCCACUGUCGGCAGACAGUGGUCACCCACGUAGAGUAUAAGCCAGGCCUGAAGACGUGGGCCAUCUUCGGAAUCCUCGCCUUCUUUGGGUGUUUUCUCUGCUGCUGGAUACCAUUCGUCGUGGACUCCUGCAAAGAUGUGGUGCAUCAUUGUCCAAGCUGCCACACGCAAAUCCGCGUUCAUAAGCGAUGGUAAAGUGCUCCAAACUGGGAACUUGAUGCCGAUCACCAUUCAUUCCCAGCACUGGGUGUAUUUGGUAAAGUAGACGUUGCAAAUAAUAAGGUCGGUAUUCGGGCUAUGAAACGUGUAUUUAGAAUACAAUUGGAAGUGCUACGAUUCUGUCCAAGAAUAAACGUGUGCAGAAAUAAACAGCAAA